ACAGAGAGGGAGGGGAGGAGCGCUCCGACUUUUGACAUCACGUCGCGUACGCGCCGCUAAGUCCAGAAGUUUGAGUCAAAGUUAGGCGGGUGCCGUCGGCCCGUGUGUUUAUUAGUGUAGUUCACGAGAGAAGAGGAAAUAACUCGAGACACGCUCCUCGUUACGCCACGCUCCGCCGCCGCAGAGAGACCACCAUGGAGGGGCCGCGCUGUCGGACGUCACUGUGGACGCACAAAGUUGUGUUGUGCCUCUGCGCCGCGCUGUGCUUCGUACCUGGAGGCAAAGGUGGGGUGUCCCACGCCCACUCCUCCCUCAGUGUGUCUGCCCCCCAUCAUCAAUACAUCUGUCCUGAAGGUGCAACUGUCAAAAUGCAGUGUACCCAGGCAGGCGCUCCCUUGAACAGGAACGAUAGCCUAGCGGACAUCUGGCUUUUCACGCCACACAUCGACCAUGAAUGUAGCAAGCAGCACCCCCGCGUUCAUUCCCCGGGGAAACACGCUGUGCCUAAAGGGGUGCAUUAUACUCAUUCAGGACACAACUUCUGGGUGACUCUGGAGAACCUGACACUUGCUGACCAGGGUCGCUACUGCUGCAGGGUCCUGGAGUUAAAGCAACACACUCAUUCCGUUACGCAGGAAACCCACAGCCACAUUGUUCUCACAAUCACACCACGGAGAGAUGGAUCGCAAAACUGCACUGUUUGGGAUUCCGCACCAACUAAUGGCUCUGUGGCAGUGGCCCUGGCCAUAGCAGCCUGCAUCCUGGCUUUGCUCGCGCUGCCUCUCAUCCUGGUGCUGGUGUACAAGCAGAGACAAAGCUCCCGCUCCAGAAAACGUGGACAAGAGCUGGUGAGAAUGGACAGUGAAGCCCAUGGCCAUGAGAACCCGGUGUUUCUCGGGGGAUCGCCGCAGAUUAAGACCCGAACGAUUUCUCAGAUCAUGACCAGACAGUCCUCUGAGACAGGAUGCCACCUGUUGUCUGCGCCCGUAACCCCCCUCAUUCUUCCGGCGCAUGGGGACGUGUUCUUCCCAUCUGAAGACGCCAUCCCAGAAUCUCCAGAGUUCCUGCAGGCUUAAAGUGGAUCAAAACCUUUCUCAGCGCUGUAACUGCUGAUCUGGAAACAGUUCCACAGCUCUCUUCCUCCUUUCUCCAGAGCGAUGUUGCAAUUCUCAACCGCCUCGCAGCAAUAUUUGCAGGAAUUGUCGUCUGCCCAUUGUCUGGACCGCAGGAGGGAAUGUAGUGUGUUUUCUAUUCAAAAAUAAUUUCCACAUGCAACACCAGCUGGAGGCCAUGAGCCAAAGAUCUCGUGUGAGCACUUGUGUGUGUGUGUGUGUGUGUGUGUGUGUGUGUGGAGGGGGACCCAGAAUGCUUAGGGUGGGGGUCACUAUAAAGGUUACAUCCACACAAGCAUCUUCUUCUAGGACGUAAUAGGAAAACAAUUGGUCUGGCUCAGGAGGUAUCUUAUGCUGAAAGAAAAAAAAAGAUUGUAUUUAGUCGCUAUGAAUAACAGAGUGGCACAUAUGUCACCAACCACACACUGAUAGCAUCCACCUCCAAACCCACCACACUCACGCCCGCUCGUCUCACGUGAGCUACGCCAGUGGAAACUCAAACUAGACAGGAAGUCAAAGGGCACAGAUGUAAAAGCCAGCGGAGGCUCUAAGCCGUUCCUGUCAUAGCAAUAAAGUGCUUCGCACCCAAUCAGCAGAGCGGAGUUCUGUUUUUAUGGCAUUACCUGGUUCCUCUGCAUCAUUUGUACUUAGCCUCUGCAUCUUUUUCUUUCCUGUUUUCUACCUCACUCAGUUUCAGCUCUGCUGUUAUAAAUACUCUUCCUUUCUGAACUUGCAGUAACACUUUACAGUGGCCUUAUUACCUUACUGGAGCAGAAACUGAAUUGAGACGAAGUCUGUUCCUGGUGAUAAUACUUCACUGCUAUUUGUGCAUAUGCAGUUUAAUGAUACAUGUUUAGAUUUUCUCUUGAAUGUAGCUUAGUAACAGUAGUAACAGAUGUCUAUUUUAUUUACACCAGCAGCACCCAAAACAGCUUAAUUACUGCCAUUACAAUGUAUAUACAAUAUAAGGGUUAAUAUUAUGUUCCAUGUGCAAUGGGAAUUAUAGCUGAAUACUUAUUAGCGCGUGGGGAUGAACAACGUUGAAAUGCAAACUAAAGACAAUCAUUUCGCUGUGUAUUCAUAAAUGAAUAUAUUGACUGAUUUCGUAAUAAAUGAUAUCAAUCAUAUCAAAGUGUUGAAAUGACUGAUAUAGGUAUGUCUGUAUGUGAAGGUGGAGUUAAUACGUGUACAGAAGGUUAAGCGACAGAUAUUAUCUUUUACUUGUGUAGCAGGUUUGUAGGGGCAGGUAGCCGAGGUGUGUGCGUGAAUUGUUUCAGUGCUCUGGUUUGUAUGCCUGUGUAAAUACAGAUUAUAAGGAUGUUUUGGCCAGUCCAAAGGUUUUACUCUGAGGAACUUUAGUUUGGUAAGUUUAAGUUUAUAGUUUGCUCUCUGGUGGGUGAGGAUUGCAUUAAGUCAGCAAAGAGGCCAGCAAAUAGACGUGUGACUGACGUGUAGUUUUUUAUAAAACUAAGGGGUGUAAGGAUGUGUGUGGGUGAGAGAGAGUGCAUUUGCUUGUACAAUUUAGAAGUUUGUGUUUGUAUUUUCUACUGCAGUGGCUGUAUAUUGCAUUUACAUUGCCCGGUUUGUAUCUGUGUAAUAAAGUGGUGCUCCUAAAACUUCAAA